UGUCCUGCUCAUUACAGUUUGCCGCCAUGUGUCCCGGGUCGUCAGCGGGCACUGUCCGUUGGCUGUUGAUCGGAUUGCUGGUGAUUUCGGUCAGCCUAUCGCUUGUACUAGCCCAACCACCGGAAGCCCUCAACUACCCGAACGUGAUCACGUACGGUGCGUUCUCCGGCACCAUUUGCUUCUCCAACACGGUCGCCGUCAAAACGCUCACACCGAUCACAACGCGCACCUUCUCAUUUGUUCCAGCGACCGCCAUCACCUACGUCAUUUGCUACAACAACUUGUUACUGCAUCCGUUCGACGCGCAACUCGUCGGAGGUGGUGUGGGUGCAACGACCCUGACCAGCAUCGUGCUCACUUCGGCAUCCGGCAAACUGUACGCCAACUGUGACGUUUACUGUGCUCCUCCAUAAGACAUAAGAGCUCUCUCCAUAUCAACGUACCGUGUUUGUUUGUGUCCAUAUCCGAGAGUCAAGCGACGUGGCGUCCUUUCCCAUCCGAAUGUCAUCUGAUCCGAAAUCGAUCAAUAGAGCUGCCACUUGCAUCACACACGCCAAGGGUGCAACAAUGGUGCAUUUUGACAGGAUUAGCAAUGGUUUGGUGGUUUGUUUGUUUGCUCUCGUUUGCCGACCCGUCCUUUUUUGCAACAAAAAGCGCAAAGCGCCCCUCUCGUGAUGCAGUGAUGCGAAAUAAUCGCAUACGUGACGUACCGUACCGGAUUUGACAAAUUGACACUCGUCCGUACGGUGCCCUAGUUAGGUCGAUCGAUAAAAAAGGGGUUCUGUUUGCGAAAUGAGGACACAGUGAAUCAAUAUAAAUGCCGUUGAUGCUUGUUGGUGGCUGGGAAAAGUGGUGCAUCAACAGGUUGUCGUGUGCGAAUAAUAGAUGCAAUUAGGCAUAAGGCACGAUUAGAGCAGAGAUUUGGUUUGACACUGGGGGAUCCUUUAAUGGAAAAUUAAAAUUAUAAAACGUCAUUAUUCAUUACAUCAGAGC